AUGUCCGAAGAGGAUAGGGUGGAGUGGACUAUUGUUCUGGAGGAUGCCUUUUCGGUGUCUUCUUGUUAUGCUAGUUUUCGGUACCCUCUUGGACCACAAAAUAGGAACGACGAAGUUUUGGGUUUGGUGUGGAAAAUGAAAGUUUCUUUCAAGAUAAAGGCGUUUGGUUGGAGAGUUUUUGUUUAUAGACUUCCAACAAAGGACCUUUUGAUGUAUAGAGGUAUUGUCUUUCCUUUAGAUUCUUUAAAGUGUGUUUUAUGUGGUAUACAAAAUGAAAAUAGGGAUCAUUCUUUUCUCAAGUGUAAUGGGGUGAAGGUUAUUUGGAGGAAAAUAGCUAGUUGGAUUGGUAAGCCGAAAGGGACAAAGGAAGAUUGUCUAGCUAAUUUUAUAGAUCGAUAUUUAUUUUGUAAAAAAAAGAAGGUCAAAGUGGAUAAAUUAGGAGUUGUGUGGGUUGCAACUUCUUGGAUUAUUUGGUUAUUGAGGGAUGAGAUGUGUUUCCGAAAUGAUAUCUAG